AUGACUACUUAUAUAGAAUACGGAGUAACACUUACAGAUGGACAGAAGUCAAAACUAGCUUCUGCGAUAAUAAAUCAGUCACCUUUGACUCUUCGGUUAAAACAUUCGCAUCUUAGAGGAAAUGAUGAGUUAAUGUUGACAAAAAGACAGAUUGAUAAAAUAAAAAAAUCUAUUGCAAAUGGCACAGGAUCUGAUAUAAAGAUAAGUAAAACUCAAAUUAGAAAAUCUGUAAAACAUGGAGGAAACUUAUUUUCAUCACUCGCAUCUCUUGGAGCAAAAGUUCUUCCUUUCGCAAUAAAAGGAAUAAGUAAAGCUGUUCCCGCAUUAGCUACAGGAGCUGCCACUGCACUUGGUGAAAUGGGAUUAAAUAAAAUCUUCGGAAAGGGGGGACACUACGGUAUACCAAUUACACCAGAGUUUUUCCCAAUGCUACCGCCAAUUGUAAGAGAAUUUACCAAAUCACAAAUAAAUCAAAUUAACAAAGCUUAUCAAUCAGGUAGUGGAGUAGUUAUAAAACCAACUCGUAAACAGAUAGAAGGAGGAUUUUUAGGUACACUUGCUUCUAUAGGAAUUCCAUUAGCAGUUAGUUUAGUAUCUAAGAUGCUUGGAGGAGGGACAGGAGCGGGCCUGCAGGUUGAUAGACGUGGGUCAUCUAAUACAGCAAAUGUUUACGUUCCGCCCACAAAUGGUAUGGGUUAUCCGUAUCAAUCACCUCCUUUUAUUGGAACAUGGUCCAACCCUAUAGGAAUGGGAGUUAAAAAAAAAAAAGCCGGCAGGCCGUCCAAAGGUUCAGGACUACUUCUAGGAAAAAACAGCCCAUUCAACUCAAUUCCCAUACUAGGAACAAUUCUAUAGUGGGGGCCCUUAAUCAUUCUAAACUCCAUUUUGUAAUUAAACCUCUUUCAAACUUUGACCUAAUGGAAUGGAUAAAAAGACUUGGUAUAAAAAAUUUCAGAGGAAUAUACAGUCGUGAUGGCCUACCAAAAAAGAUUAAAAAAGAAUGUGGAAUAAUCAAUCUGGAUGAUAUAACAGGGCCUGGAACACACUGGGUUUGUUAUAGAAAUGGGGAAAGCGGUUUUUAUGAGUAUUUCGAUCCGUUUGGACUGAUAAUGCCAAAUGAAGUAUUAGACUAUUUUCACACGGGACCUGUAAAACCUAUUGUGUACUCAAUGGAUGAAAUACAAAAUCGCAGUACUGUUCUAUGUGGUUAUUGGUGUUUAUAUUAUUUAUUCGAGCGACAAAAAGGUAAAGGUAUUCUAGAUGUAAUACAUAACCCUAAUUUUGAUAAUGAUAACAGCGAUUUUAUAAAGUCAUACUUUGGCGGGUGAACCUACGGUUCCCCCGAAACCCCCUCCCUUGGCUACGCCGCGUAAUGUAAAAAUAAUAUUUAACAAAUAUUAUUUUUUUAUUCACUAUCAGCUGGUGUAUUUUUUAGCUGUUUAACUUUCUCAACUUUUGUAUUUAGUUCUUUAACACUAUCAACUAUAUCUAUGAAAUUAGAGUAAAUAUCAAUAAGACGAUAAAGUUUCUUUUUUUUAUCACUAUUCUAGUAGUCCCAACCAAGAAUAUUCCUCGUUUCUUAUUUUAUUCCACAUCUCACAUUCACCAACCAUCAGAACUCUAGAAAGAUCUUCGUUUUUCUUUCUAAGAGACUCCAACUCAUGAUUUAUUUUUACUCUUACUUCUUUCUCAAAAUCCUUGAUUGUUUUAACAUCCAUAUUUUUCUCUAUCUCAGAAAAGAAUUUAGCUUCCAUUUAUUAUAUAAAUAGAUAAUGGGGGGACCUUGUCCCCCCAAAACCCCCCUGCUGCUACGCCGCGUGAGUUUACAGCUCUCUAUAAAAACGUAUUAUUUCUUACUACAUUUUUAAGCAUAUUUGAUUUCUCACUUAUUUCCAUAAGUAUCUCAAAUACUUUUAUAAAUUUCGUAUCGUUUUCCAAUCUAGAAAAAUCAGCGUAUUCAUAACUCAUGUUUAGGCUACUGUAUAUCUUUUGAAGCUCACUUUUCAGAAAAUUAGAUCUAGUAGUCAUAUUUUUUAUCUAAACAUUAUAUUAAAUGAAAGAAACUUAUUGUAUUGUAGAUAAAAGAGUAACUUCUUGUACAGAGCCAAGUGGUUACCAACAAGAUAAAAGAGGUAGAACUCAAUUCUUUUGUAAAUGCGCAGUUUGUGGAAAUAAAAAAGUAAGAUAUGUAAAAAUGGGGAAUACUCCCAUGCAAACUGGAAGUGGAAAAAGAAAGUCAAAAAACUAAUUAGCCCGUCUGAAGGGGCGGGCGUCUUUGAUACAGUUGUUGGUACAGCAGUUGAUGGAUUUGUUCAUUACGGUUUACCUUGGAUGGGUAAAAAAGCAGUUGAAAUGGGAAGGUAUUAUGGGUCAGAAGCGCUCAGAAACCCUAAAUUGCAGAAAAAAGCAAUAAAUUAUGCUUUGGACAAAUUAAAUCCAAUGAUACAAAACGUAGGUUCUCAAGCUCUUGACCAAUUAUCAACCAAAAUACGACCAAAGAAAAACUACAAAACAAACAGAAAAGAUCUUGAUGGAGGAGCUAUAGAUAUUCACAAGCAGAUUGGUAAAUUACCAAAACCAAAAGGAGGAUGGACCUUACCAGGACAUAAAUAUACCGGUCCUUAUAAUGAUCUUGAGAACCAAGUAAGAUAUGAUCCGGAAACCGGAGAAAUAUUAGAAAUUUAUGAUCAACCAACUGGGCCAACCGAUGCUGUUGCCAUGCAGCAUGACGUAGAUUAUAGUGUUUGUGGAGAUGACCGAAAGUGUAAAAAUAAGGCAGACAGAAAGAUGGUAAAAUCGUUGGAUGCUAUUCCUUGGAAAGAAAGACAAUGGGGGCAUACUUUAGCUAGAACAAUAAUUAAUACUAAACAAAAACUUGGACUUGGUUUAAACGCGAGUCGGCGUUGA